AUGGCCUCAUCCUCAUCAUCAUCAUCAUCAUCGAAUAACAAACAACAAGUUGUUGAAUCAAAGGAAGAUAGAAAGAAGAGAAAGAUGGAAGCGAAGUUGGAAAAGGAACAAAGAAAGAAGAAUGAGACGCCAGAGGAGAGACAGAGACGACGUUUAGAGAAGCGCGCAAAGAAGGAUGAGAAGCGAGGCAAGAAGACUGAUGGCAGCGCAGCCGCAGACUCACAGGUGCUGAUGGGCUACUCCAACCAGGUCAACCCAUUCAACGACGCCAAUCUCACCGAGAAGUUCACGUGGAAGGCAAAGAAGGAGAAGAUGAUCCGCGAUGGCAUGCACCCCGAAGAGUACCGCCAGCGAUUCGAACGCAACAGGUCGAGCGAGAUCAGCGAAGAGCUGGAGAAGGCAAAGAAGAGGCGUGAGGAGAAGGAGAAGGAGCAGGAGCUGUGGGAGCAGGAGCGCGAGCGUCUGCAGCGUCUGAAGGACGGCGAGAACAACGAGGAGCUUGAGCGCAAGGAGGAGGAGUUCCAUCUGCAACAGGCGCAGCUACGCUCAGAGAAGCGUCUGGAGGAGGGCCGACCCAAGCCCAUCGACCUGCUGUACCGCGCGCUCAAGAUGGACACCAAGAGCCACUACGAGCAGUCAGACCCAUCGCAGAUGUUCAAGCGCAUGGACAUUGGUGAGCUCGAGUCACUGGGCGACAACAUUGGCGAGUUUGAGUAUUUGGACGUCAAGAAUGCAGAGUAUUGGACGUCGGCAAGGACACUGUGCGAGCAUGAGAUCAAGAAGCGCAAGGGCGGCGACUCGAAUGGCACUGGCGUCCAUUCGUCACUCACAUCGGACAUUCUAAAGUUGCUACAGGGCAAGAAGCACAGCGAGCUCGUGGCACUGGAGACACAGAUCACUCAGAAGCUACAGACUGGUGGCGCGAUGAAUGUCGAGUACUGGGAGUCACUGUUAAAGCACCUGCAGGUCUACAAGGCCAUGACCUUUGUCAGAGAGACCUUCCUGACGAACCUCGAAGCCAAGAUCUCUGACAUGGAGACCGAGGAGUACGUGCAAAGGAUCAAGAACGAGAUGCUCAAGAGCGAUCAAGACGCAGCGUUGGCAGCAGCGGCUGGUACAUCCACCACAAGCACUACGACCACAUCAACAGAGGCGACAGCAGAGGAGGAGGAGAUUGUACAGUACAAGGACGACUAUCGCAGCAAGGACCCAACAAAGAGCGGAGACAACGAGGAGGAUCUGUUGAAGCGCGAGUCUGAGAAGUUCAUGGAUGAGGAGCGUGAGGAGAAGUUUGACAUUGAGGUCGAGCUAGCUGCCAAGCACUACGCAUGGCAUGACAAGCAUCGUCCCCGCAAGCCCAAGUUCUUCAAUCGUGUACACACUGGAUACGAUUGGAGCAAGUACAACCGCACUCACUAUGACUCUGACAACCCUCCACCAAAGAUUGUACAAGGAUAUAAGUUCAAUAUAUUCUAUCCAGAUCUCAUUGACAAGACCAAGUCACCAAAGUUCUUCCUGCAAGAGUCUGAUGAUGGCUCGGAUACGAUGGUGUUGAGGUUCAGUGCCGGACCACCUUACGAGGACAUUGCAUUCAGGAUCGUCAAUCGUGAAUGGGAGCAUUCACAUCGCAAAGGUUACAAAUGUGUCUUUGAGAAAGGAGUCCUUCAUCUCUGGUUCAACUUCAAGCGAUACAGAUACAGACGAUGA